UCGGCGCGGGACGGACAGGUUAUCCGGAGUGUCCGCGCGAUUCAGCUCUCUCAAGACCCGUGUGUGUGAGCCAUAACAAGAAGGGACAUUGUCUGUGGUGCUGAAGAGAGUGUAUCAUGUGCUAGGUCUUUCGUGCUGUGAAGAUAUCGAAACUUCUGCAAUGAAGCUGUUGGUGAUAGCUGUGUUGGCGACUGCAUGUGCAGGUCGGCCUGAUGACCUGUCAUGGGACUUCAGUGAAUGGCAGCCAAUUCUUGCCCCGUGCCCGUCAUGCCGCCAGGGCCGUGUCCUUCAGGCCGCUCCCGUCAUACCCAUUAAGUUACCGAAAUCCACGAAGACAGGCGCGGUGAAGGCGUCCCUGGUGCCCCUUCCGCAGAGCUCCCCGGCUCCGACCUUCCCUCCUGCUCGCGCUUCCCCUGCCCCGACGUCCAAGCAGCAGGGAGGCCGAGUGCAGCUCAUCUAUCUCCCUGAGGGAUCUAUACAGCAACUGAGUUCAGCAAACGCGGCCCGCAUCAUACCGACAUCCCCAGCCCCUCCGAGAGCAGAAGCCCUAGAAGUUGUUCCUCCUCCGCCUGCUCCUCACGCCAUCCAGAACAUUGAGUUUUCAGAUAAGCAGAAGCGUGACCACGAAGGCAGAAUUGUGCAAGGAGGAGUAAAUAAUGCAUUGCCUAUGUCCUUGGUAGCUGCUCAGGGGAAGGAGGGAGAUGCAUUAGAAAAGCUUCGUCUCUUGGAGACAGCCCUCUCUACUUCAUCUCAAGAGCCCACUGUGAACCAACAGGAUGGACGUCUACCAAGAGUGUUUAUCGCCCCUUCCCAUGUCCCUCCUCCUCCUGGCUAUGUAAAGAUUCCUCUAGUUCCGCAAGGAGGCUCAGGCGCACAAGACCCAAGAGGUGCUGCUCCUCUCCCUCCCACCUUCCUCACUCCCGAUAACCGUAAUCCACCUCCAGGCUUUGUUAAGUUUGACCUCCCUCCUGGUGUGAACCAGCUGUCUCAGGAUAUCCCAGUGGUUGUCCCCAAUUCUCAGAUUGGGCCAAACUUCCAGCUUGGACGCCCAGCCCCCUCGCCCUUCCCUGGCCUUACUCGACCUGAUGCCUCCAUAAACUUCCAGGCACAAGGAGAACGCGAUGCCAAAGCUCUUGCGGCGCCCCAAAGCAAGCCGUCAAUCCAGACCAUUCCCCGGGGAGAAGCAAAGCCGAUCUCCCCAACGACCACUCCCAGACCUAGUCCAUUGCCUACCACGAGGCCUCCAUUCCAGGCCAGACCCACAACCCCCCAGGCACAGCCAUUCCCUCCUCGCCAGCCAUUCCCUUUCCCUCAGCAGUUCCCCCCAAAUCCUAAUCAGCCACGUCCUUUCAACUCUGUACCGGGCCAACCUCCUUUUACUGGAUUCCCUGGACAGCAAUUCCCUCAAACAAGCCAACUCUUCCCUCAGCCGGGUCAGCCAUUCAUUCAGCCAGGUCAGCCAGUCCCAGGCCAGUUCCCCCCUCGCCCUGCUCAACCUUUCCCACAACCUGGCCAGCCAUUCCUACAGGCUGGGCAACCAUUUAGACAACCAGUACAGCCAUUCCCUCAAACUGGUCAACCUUUCCCACGCCCUGGGCAGCUGUUCCGACAACCCGGCCAGCCUCUCCCACAACCUGGGCAACCAGUCAUCCAGCCAGGGCAACCGAUUCUUCCCCCACGUACAAACCAGAAUCAAACCAUCUUUAGAGAACAACCCAUCAAGCCUGAUUUCCCUACAAUCAAUGGCUUCCAACCAAACUUCCCGGCCGUUUUCCCACCAAAUCCCUUCCAGCCACGGAUUCCCCAACAGCCUCUGGCAAAUCCGCCAACACUGCCUUCCCCUCAACCCUCACCUCAACCAGCACAACCCACCCCCCGACCACCUGUCCGUCCAGAAAGACCCAGCCCAUCACCUUUCCCAACUACGACCACAGAAGAUCCUACAUCAUUCCGUCAAACCACACCAAAAUCUGUCUUGGGGACGACUCCCCGACCCCAGCUAGUAUCUCAGACAUCUUCAAGACCUUUCCCUGAUCCCUUCCGUUCGCCGAGACCAACACCAUCUCCGUCCCCUCGACCUACACCAAGGCCAGUUGUAACCACUCCAAGACCAACACUAAUCUCGUCACCAACAACUCCAUCCUCUCCUUCAACGCCCUUCUCUCAGUCCUCACCAAGACCCUCUGAUAUCACACCGGCUCCUCAGCUGACCCCAAGGCCAUUACCUUCAGUGCCCGAAAAUACCCCAAGACCUUUCGAUUUCUCCCCAAGACCUUUUGAUUCUUCUCCAAGACCUUUUGAUUCUUCUCCAAGACCAUUCGAUUCCUCUCCAAGACCUUUUGAUUCUUCUCCAAGACCUUUCGAUUCCUCUUCUUUUUGAUUCUUCCCAAGACCUUUUAAUUCUUUUCAAGACUCUCCUCCAGGAUCUUUCUCACCUUUCACUACAAGACCUCUCCCUUCCCCGUCGCCUUUCCCCCCUGCAGCAUCAUUUCCACAAAUUCCAGGCUUCCAGGAGCCUGAGUCACCCCAAAUUCCUUCAUUCCGAAGACCGCAAAGUCCUCCAACCCCAUUAUUUUCUACGUCUCCCAAUCCAGAGAGCCAAUUCUCCCAAGGAACUCCAGCACCUGAAAUUUCACCUUUCCAAGAAACACAAGUUCCUGAAGCUGUAGGAUUCCAAGGAUCGUCAACUCCAAGAAUUCCAUCUUUCCAGGGGACUCCUGCUCCAAGAAUACCAUUAUUCCAAGGAACUUCUACACCUAACAUCCCGUCCUUCCAGUCAACAGGAGCACCUCAGACUCCAUCCUUCCAGGCUACAGGAGCUCCCCAGAUUCCAUCUUUCCAGACAACAAGGGCACCUCAGUUUCCAUCCUUCCAAGCAACUGAUGCACCACAGAUUCCAGCCUUUCAAGGCACUCCAGCUCCUAGAAUCCCACCUUUCCAGGGAACAACAACACCUGAAAUCCCAGCAUUCCAGACCACUGGAGCACCUCAAAGUACAUUCCAGGAAAGACCUAGAAGACCUAAAUUCCCAUCUUUCCAGAGACCAAGGAUUACAACUGCUUCCCCUGAAGAAGAUCUAACAACCAUCCCAGAUGAAAAUAACUCUGAAUUUUUGACACCAGCGCCCACAACUUUUACAACCCCAACUCCGCCAACUACAACUACUAUCAAGGUUACUACGUUCAAACCCAGAUUUAACUUUAAUGUUGGCAGUAGGCGGCCAUUCAUUAGAAGGAAGCCUCGGCCUACUCCUGUAAAUGACGGAAAGAAGGAAAAUGAGGAGAAAAAGACUGAUGGUCUUAAGAAAACUGAAACUGCCACUCUUUUCCCACCUUUCUCAGUCGCCCGCACUCUUAACCCACUUCGAAAAGAAGAAGAAAACGCUGGAGACAGUUCCUCUGCUGGCCCAGGAGUCACAGUUCCAUCAGCAGGAGUCUUCGGUAGACGUCUUCGUCCCCGCACAAGGAAGCCCUCCACCCAGUCUGAGGGAGAUUCUGCCUCACCAGUCAGUACACCAUCCUUAAGAAACCGUGAUGUCCCUAGUGCACGAACCCGCCAGUUACCAGCAUGGUUGAAGUCCCGACGUCGUCUGCGUGGACGCUUCCGCAGCACUACCACAACAACUGAGCCUUCAACAGUACAGGAUAUUGAUUACAUUGAUGAUACUCCAGUUGACAUCUUAGACAAUAAUGGGUUUAGUGGAGCCGAGUCGACAUUAGUGGUUUUCAGCCGGCCACCUCAAAAUGAGGUUGGAGAACAUUUCAUUGCUGAAGAUGCAGUCAAAACUCUUGCAGAAGAAGCUGAAGCUCUCAAAAAUGAGGAGGUCGAAGAAGCCUUAAUAGCUGCUGAAGAGGCUGUUCUAGGUUAUGCAGAGGAAGUUGAUGCAGAGGCUAAUCGUGAAGUCGCCAUACACAACCUUGAGGAAAACGCAAAAACAACAGGGACUGACGGUGAGGAACCACUGCCAGAACCAGAAGCAGAACCUCAUGAACCACAAGCAUCAUACGAGGACUACAAUGCUGAGACGACGGAGGUGGCUCCCGAACCGGAACCCGAACCAGAGCACCAAACAGAGUAUGUAACUGAGUAUAAUGAGUACAAGGACGACAAAGAGGACAACCUUGAGACGCUUCACACCCCUGACCAACCCUAUAUAAAUCCCCCUUCAUUCCCCCAUACCCAGCCUGAUAGUCAUGCUUCCACUCACUCUCCUGCACAUGCACAGCCUGAUGGUGCUUUUUACCAAAACACCUCAGUAGAAAACCCAACAAUAAAUUUGGUGGUAGAGCAUCCUGUAGAACACAUAGUAGAUGAAGUAGUUGAAGCUGUAGACGACGAGUUAGAGGACAAUGAUAACCCCAUAGCUCUGCUUACAGAUACACCCUUCGACGACGUGACUGAGGUACCUGUACAGUACGACACUGACCCUUCUCUAGAGUAUGAUUAUGAGUCAGUAACAGAACAGGCAAGUAGUUCUCAUGAGUAUAAUGAAUCAAUUGAUGAUGAGACCUUUAACGUAGCUGGGCAGGAAGAGGGGGAGAAGGAAGGGAAAGAGCUAGAAAGUGAGGAGGAAGAGGAUGAGCUAGAAAGUGAUGAGGAGCAGAACGAGCUAGUAAGUGAGGAGGAUGAGAAGCUAGAGGGCGUGGAGGAGGAGGAGGAGGAGAUGGGUGCUAAUGGGGCAAAGGCUCAUGCUGGAAUUGACUCGUACCAGCAGUACAUGACAGAGCCCCCAGAGGUUCUUUCACUUUUCCCUAACGAUUACUUCACUGCUCUCUCCCCAGGCGAAUCACAGAACUACGACUACUAUGAAUACGACCACUACGCUGAUGCGGACUACACGGAAGGAGUGGACCAGCGUUUCAGCGGCAGCAACGCGCAUGUGAUCUUCGCUGUACCCGUCACUGAGUACAUUCCAGAAGACACAACACAGAUAAUCCUGGAUGAGGAAGCCACAGAAGAGAUCAUAGAUCAGGCAACAGAAUUCAUCCCCACCACGGAGGACUUCGCAGAGGAGGCUGGUGCCGAUGUCACAACCGAGUACCCAGCACCAACAGAGGAUGAUUCUGUGAUGAAGGAAACGAUGGAUGAAUUAGUAAUAAAAAAAUCAGAAUCAACGACGUCGUUAGUUGAGGAAAAUAUCACCACACUAAAUCCGUUUGAUUCUGAUUCUGACGCUGUAACCGCAGUGCCUACUACCGAAUUGGGCACGACCGACCUUGGCACUACCACGACAGCCCGACCUGCCUCCUUACGGCCCCUCCACACCCGUCUCCAAGAAGUGGGCAAAAAAGCUGUUGACCUAACAGACAAGAAGAACUCCCGCUCACCCAAAAUCCUGAGCGAAUCCACCAUCCGGGAGGUGCACGCCUCAGACCCUAUCGUCUGUUUCCGCGACAACCGCUGCUUCAGGACCAGGGGGCUUCGGCGACGUCGAGCUGCACGCCCCUCAGCCUCAGGUCCUGCUCUCCCGCUCAGCCCCUGAGAACCUGAGACUAAGGGCUCGACGCUCACCCAGGCCUCAUUAAGCCCCGUGUUUCAUGCCAUCUUUCGAACCCAGUAUUUUUAAGACGAUGAUAAGCCAAAAUCGUUAUCUUUAAGAUUAGGAGAAAGGUAGCCGUAACAACCUUGUACAUAUACGGUAUCAGAAUAGUUUGUUUGCACAUCAUCCCUUUUAUAUAUAAGCGAGUAAUAUUUUAGGUGUAUAUUUUAUAAUACAAAUAUGUGUGUACUUGCAUAUGUAU